UCCUACUCCGGAAAGACCGUCCUCGUGACCGGCGCCGCGGGCGGCCUGGGCAAGGCCAUCUCGACCGCCUUCCUCGAAGCGGGCGCGAAUGUGGUUAUUGUGGAUGUCAACAAGGCGCGCCUCUCUGCGACGGAUGAAGAGCUCUCGGCUGCGCAUCCAGGGCGUGUUCUGGCGUUAGAAGCGAACCUUACAGACGAACCGGCACUCGAGGAGAUGAUGAGUACAGUCCUGGCUAAGUUCGGUCGUUUAGACGUGUUGGUCAACAACGCGGGCAUCAUGGACCUCUUCGACCCCGUUGGCGAUUUGGAGAAAUCGCUAUGGGAUAAGGUCAUUGCGGUGAACCUCACCGCGCCGAUGAUGACGAGCAAGCUUGCGGUGAACCAGUUCCUGAAGCAAGAGCCGCAAGGAGGGGCGAUCUUGAAUGUGGCGAGUACGGCGAGUGUGAAGGGGUUCCCUGCUGGCGCCGCGUAUGUCGCCAGCAAGCACGGCGUCAUCGGCCUGACGAAGAACACUGCUGUCUUUUAUGCGAAGAAGAAUAUCCGAUGCACCGCCAUUCUACCUGGACCUAUGCAGACCAACGUCACGGACGCCUUUGCGAGCGGCGGCAUGAACAAGGACGGCUUUGCGUUCAUGGAAAAGACGGCGGCGUUCGAGCCAGCGGUUUCCCCAUUACCCAAGGUCGCAGCGAGCGUGUUGUAUCUGUGCUCUGAGGCUGGGAGUGUUGCGAAUGGGGCGUGUGUGCCGAUUGACAAUGGAUGG